UUGAAAUGCUAUUGCACUAAAAUUACUUCUUUAAAUGCUAUUAUGCUCACAACUAUAUUACAGCAGUUUGCUUGUUUGAAUUUCAUAAUUCACAUGAUACGUCGUCUUUUCUCAAUCAGUUGUCAGUAAAGCAUUGGCAAUGUGAUGAGACAAGCAUCAAAAUCCCAACUUUAAAUACAACCAUCACUGUUAAACAACAACACCAACAAAACAUACGACUCACCAACAGCGUGGCCAAUGUAAUAACUCAUAAUUGCCCAAUUCACCGGCCCGUCAAUUUAGAAUUCAGAGCUUGCACUCUGAAUUUAAUAGUUUUUGCGACUUUAAAUCACUUCUCGAAAAAUGAUCCAGCACUGACAGGGGGUGACGCUGUGGAUUUGCUCCUUGUCGGAGCUCAACCCACAGCAUUGUCUGAGCGAUGCCUAAUCCUCCAUUGUCGGCCACUUGGAAGCGACUGCCAGGGAAUUAACCUCUCCUUCGGCCCCGUUGAGACAGAUAUCUGAGAAACAAAUGUGGAGGCGGGCACGCGCUCAGAAUCCACGCUCAAGACACCAGUGGAGCAGAGGUCAAGAUAGCGGGGGGGUGGCAAAGAGGCAUUUUCUCCCCCCAAGGAUAUAAAGUCGUGGGCGCGGAGUGGCAAGCUGCUCACUUUCACAAAGCUGGUGGGCGAGGGAGCAGCAGCAGUAGCAGCCACUGUGUUACGCGGGUCGGUGGGGGGGCCCUCUGGUGAAUUGGCUGCGUGGUGUCUGGCACCGCGAUGGCGACGCAAGCCGGAGGAGCGAGCAGGACCUCCCUUCUGCUCUUGGCCCUGGCAUUCGUGCCACGUCAAGGUUCCGGGGCCACCCUGCCUCCUCCCGAUAAGCCACGCUACCACGCCGGGGUGUGCCCCAACGACCUCAACCCUAACCUGUGGGUGGACGCCCAGAGCACCUGCGAAAAGGAGUGUGGCGGUGACCAGGACUGCACCGCCUUCGAGAAGUGCUGCCUCAACGUGUGCGGCUCCAAGAGCUGCGUGGCCGCCCGCUUCGCCGACACCAAGAAGCGCACGGCCGGCUCGUCGGGCGGCCGCGACGCCGUCGGGGCCAAGGCCGCCAGCUGCGCCGGCUUCCCGUGCCAGCAGCAGGGCGCCAAGUGCGAGCUGUGGGACGGCAAGCCGGCCUGCCGCUGCCGCGACCGCUGCGAGAAGGAGCCCAACUUCACCUGCGCCUCCGACGGCCUCAUCUACUACAACCGCUGCUACAUGGACGCCGAGGCGUGCGUCAAGGGCGUCGCGCUGGGGGUGGUCACCUGCAAGUACCACGUGGCGCCGCCGCAUCCCAGCGAGCCGCCGUCCGAGACCACCGCGCCGCCCACCGUGCGCUACCCGCCGCUCGCGCCGCCCGGCGACGCCGUGCCGCCGGCCCUGCUGUCGAACCCCUACCCGCAGGAGGUCGCCCUGGGCGGCACCGUCAGCUUCCGGUGCGACGUCGGCGGGCGGCCGCAGCCCGACGUCACCUGGGAGAAGCGGAGCGACGGGCGCGACAACCUCAUUAUGCGCCCCGACCAGAUGUACGGGAACGUGGUGGUGACCAACAUCGGGCAGCUGGUCAUCUACAGCGCCGAGGAGCACGACGCCGGCAUCUACACGUGCACGGCGAGCAACGCGGCGGGCCUCCUGCGCGCCAACUUCCCCUUGUCGGUCGUGACGCACGAUCGGCCCAGGCAGCCGCCCCCCGGGGGAGCCGUCGCGGAGUUCCCGGCGAGCGAAUGCCACGAGCCGCCCGACACGACGCACUGCGGGUCGGCCCGCACCAAGUGGUACUACGACAGCGGCCUGAACGCGUGCGACACGUUCGUGUACGGCGGCUGCGACAACAACAGGAAUCGUUUCGACACCUACGAAGGCUGCAAACGGUGGUGCCAGAACCAGUCGGUCAACAUCUGCCACUUGCCGCCCGUGCAGGGCCCGUGCCGGGACUGGGAGCGCCACUGGGCCUACAACCCCCUCAUCAAGCAGUGCCAGUUGCUCGUCUACGGUGGCUGCGAGGGAAACGAAAACAACUUCGAGAGCCGGGAGGCCUGCGAAGACAACUGCCCCUUCCCGACCAAGGCGGCGCUGUGCAAGAGCUGCAAGCCGAGGCAGAAGAUCGUGCCCAGCUUCUGCAAGAGCGACUUCGCCAUCGUGGGCAGAAUGACCGAGCUGGUCGAGGAGCCGGACUCGGGCUACGCCCGAUUCACCGUGGACGAGGUGCUCAAGGACGACAAAAUGGGCCUGAAGCUCUUCAACACCAAGCACAUGGAGGUGACCCUGGCCAACGUGGACUGGAGCUGCCCGUGCCCCAACAUGACGGCGUCCGACGGCGCCCUGCUCGUCAUGGGCGAGGUGCAAGACGGCAUGGCCGUGCUGCACCCCCACAGCUUCGUGAGGACGGCGAGCGACAGGCGCGUCCGCAAGGUGUUCGAGACCAUCGAGAAGAAGACGUGCGACCUGAUGAGGCGGUUCCAUGACUAAGAGACGCACGCGCGUCAUAUCUCGCCUGGCUUUUAUGCGCAACGCCUGAUAAAUCGCUUCCGUAAUGGCUUUAGGUGUCCGAGCGGAGAUGCUCUUAGCGAUGCAUAUAAAGUAUACGUAAACUAAAUAGACGAACGAUUUUUGUCGUGUUGCUUUGCCUGGUGAAAGUUACAAAUUCAUGUGGCAUGACAGCCGUUUGAUUGAAUUGCCACAACAGUCCACCGUGGCAUUUCUUUUUCAUUAACAACUGCCAGCAAACACGUAAUUUAUUGAUAGUGUUUGCAACGUAAAAUGUGCAACGCUUGCACCGGAGGUUUUUUUGUGUGUGCGUGUCGGUGUUAGCGCUGCGUAACCGAUGUGCACGCAUUGUGUUGUUGUCGCUUUGUUCCGUCGGUGUGCGCACGUCUGUCCGUGCAGUGCACGACAUGCCGAUCGCAGCCCUGGUACAGGAAAGCAAUCUUUUAUAUGGGGAUGAUUAAAGACGCCGCAUCUGGUAUUGAUUCACAAUAAGUGCAUUGAAAAAAAUGGCAAAAUAUUAGC